UCGAGCCUGGAUCGCGCGAGGAAUCUCCCUUCUUCCACACCACGGCUGUAAUCUGAUUCGGUUCCUCUUCGCUUCUUCCACGCCACCGCUGCGGAGUCGCGGCGAAGCCCGGAACAAGGAAGCGAUAGUGCGUCGCAUCUUGAUACCUACAGCCAGGCAGCAAGGCGUAGUCCGAUCUGUAGCUUUGGGGGCUCCAAUCUUUCGAGAUCUCCCCUCCCCCGCUUCCGAGAUGGCGAGCAGCUCCUACGGCUCAAGGGAAGGGCUGACGUCCAGGCCAGCUGCAUCAUCGAGUUCCCGAGAGAUAUCGCUCCAGAUCGACCCAGAAAAUGCUGAUUUGGAUGAUCAUAUUCUUGGACUUCGUGGGAAACUCAGCAAGCUAAAAGGAGUUGCUAAAGAGAUCAAUUCAGAGGCGAAGUCCCAAAAUGAUUUCAUAUCUCAGCUGCAAAUGACUCUGACAGAGGCUCAGGCAGGGGUCAAGAACAACAUGAGGAGAAUAAACAAGAAAAUCAUACAGAAUGGUUCGAGCCAUCUUGUUCUUGUCGUUCUCUUUGCUCUUGGCUGCUUCUUUCUAGUGUAUCUCGUCUCCAAAUUCUCCAGGAGAUGAAGUAUGAAAAAUAUGUUGAGUUACUGGGUUGUGGCAAGGAAAAAGUGGAAGGAUACAAAUAUUUGUACGCGCUAGUAGUUGUGGUGAACUGGGAAGUGCAUCAGACUUUGUCAGUAUAUGUUACAGUUCUAUGGCAUCACUUGUGAAUAUGUCAAUCUGAGUUUUUGUGAAUAUGUCAAUUUUGUUGUAGGAUGAUAGUUGACGGUGAAGGGAUUUGCUCUAAUAUAUACUGUUUAGGAAUUUGAGUUUUUGUGAAUAUAUCAAUUUUGUUUG